AUGGAGACAAGUAUUAUCAUAUCAUUAAUAUUCCAUAUUUAUUGGUGCUUGAUUGGUGUUACUAUUGCUAAUCCCGAUUCAAAACGUUUAUAUGAAGAAUUAAUUCAAGUACGUGCCUAUAAUAAACUAAUUCGUCCCGUCAAACAUAAUAGUGAAAAAUUAACUGUUUAUUUGGGUCUUCGAUUAACACAAUUACUUGAUGUGGACGAAAAAAAUCAAAUAAUGACAACAAAUGUUUGGCUUAAACAGGACUGGUACGACGAUAAACUUCGAUGGGAUCCAGCCAAAUAUGGAGGCGUCGAUGUACUCUACAUUCCGAGCCAACAAAUCUGGCUUCCUGACAUUGUUUUAUAUAACAAUGCUGAUGGUAAUUAUGAAGUAAAAUUAAUGACAAAAGCUACUGUUUAUUAUGAUGGUCGUGUUAUUUGGGAGCCGCCAGCAAUAUACAGAUCGAGUUGUACAAUCGAUGUUGAAUUUUUUCCAUUUGAUAUUCAACAUUGUCAAAUGAAAUUCGGUUCAUGGACAUAUUCAGGUGAACAAGUUGAUCUUGUUCAUAUUAAUCAAACAAAUGGUUCAAUGCCUGUUUAUGGCAAUAAUAGUGUACCAUAUGCAAUUGAUUUAACUGAUUUUUAUCGUUCAGUUGAAUGGGAUAUAAUGGAAGUUCCAGCUAAACGUAAUGUACAAAAAUAUACAUGUUGUCCUCAAACAUAUCCUGAUAUAACAUUUUUAAUAAUACUUCGUCGUAAAACACUUUUUUAUACUGUUAAUUUAAUAAUCCCAUGUGUUGGUAUAUCAUUUUUAACUAUUCUAACAUUUUAUUUACCAUCGGAUUCUGGUGAAAAAAUGGCACUUUGUAUAAUGAUAUUACUAUCAUUAACUGUAUUUUUUUUACUAUUAGCUGAACUCAUUCCACCAACAUCACUUGUUGUACCAUUAAUUGGUAAAUAUCUUUUAUUUACAAUGAUUCUUGUUGUAUUAUCUAUUGUUGUAACUGUUGUUGUACUUAAUAUACAUUUUCGUUCACCAUCAACAUAUCAAAUGCCAACAUGGGUACGACGAGUUUUUCUACAUGUUUUAACAAAAUUAUUAUGGAUGCGUCGACCAAAACCAAUUAAUCCAUUAAAUUAUCAUUUAUCAACAAAAAAUCGUAAUCGUAUUAAACAAUUAAAUCAUACAACAAUAAGACAAACAAAAAAUUUUAUUUUAUCAUCAUGUAAUACAAGUCCAUAUCAUAUACGAAAAAAUAAAAUACGUUUACUUGAUGAUUAUAAUAUAGAUCAAGAUGGUAUUGAAAUAAUUAAUGAUGAUAAUAAUGAUAAUAAUAUUAAUGAAAUAAAACAAACUGAAUAUUCAAAUGAACCAUCACUUUAUCCACAUGAAAUAAAAAAAGCAUUUGAUGGUUUAAAAUCUAUUGCAACACAUAUGAAAAUAGAAGAUGAAGAAAAAAAAAUUAAAGAAGAAUGGAAAUAUGUUGCAUUAGUAAUCGAUCGUCUUUUUCUUUAUAUAUUUACAACAGCUUGUUUUGCUGGUACAUGUGGAAUUAUUUUACAAGCACCAUCAAUUUAUGAUUAUCGUAAACCAAUUGAUGUUAUUAAAUCAAAUCGUUUUUAA